GCGUCAACAUCUGAGCUUUUGAGAUGUUUGGGUGACUUCCUUGCAAACAAAUGCCAUAAACUGAAGAACUUUCAGUCCGGAGAUGCAGUUAUAUGGCUGAGGGCUGUUGACAGAUCGCUACUGUUGCAGGGAUGGCAGGACAUUGCAUUCAUAAACCCGGCAAACGUUGUGUUUCUAUAUAUGCUUUUACGGGAACUGAUUCAGGAAGACGUGGAGAGCGAGAAGGAGUUGCAGGCAGUGGUUCUCACCUGUCUUUACCUCAGCUACGCUUAUAUGGGAAACGAGAUCUCGUAUCCAUUAAAGCCAUUUCUGGUGGAGAACGAGAGUCGUGACAAGUUCUGGAAGCGAUCCCUUUUCAUCAUCAAUUUGCUCAGUAGUAAAAUGUUGCGAAUCAAUAGCGAACCGGCCUUUUUCACCGAGAUCUUCACCGAACUCAAGGCCUGUCAAACACUACCACCCGUUUCCGGUUAA